AUGACAAACGACGCUGGUGAUGGCAUUACCGGCGGCUAUUCAGGCCAUUCAUUGGGCAUCCAGAUCACCAUCGCAAGCCUGGCUGGUAUCACCUGGUAUAAUGCCUUCGAAUUGGUUGUAUUGGUCUUUGUCACAUUUGCCCAAUACCGUGGUCUCUACUUCUGGAGUCUUUUUAUCUCUUCAUCUGUCGGCCUGAUUCCUUACUCACUGGGCUUUUUGAUGAAGUACUUUGAGUUGACAACGGCAACCUGGCUACCCGUGACCUUGAUUACUAUAGGAUGGUGGUGCAUGGUCACUGGACAGUCCAUCGUACUGUACUCGCGUCUACAUCUAGUACUGGCAAAUCAGCGGGUGCUGCGACGCGUCUGGAUUAUGAUUUUUAUCGAUGCUGUCGCAUUACACAUCCCAACUACCGUUCUGACUUAUGGAUGCAAUCUAUACCCUAGCCACCAGGCGUUCUUGACCGGCUACACCACAAUGGAGAAAAUCCAAAUGACGGGUUUCUGUGUACAGGAGGUUAUUCUCUCUGCGUUAUACAUUUGGGAGACAGUUCGCAUGAUUCGUCUCGACCCAGACCCAGCCAAGCGUAAGAUUCAGUAUCAACUCAUCAUUGUCAAUUUAGUUAUCAUUGUCAUGGAUCUUGGUCUGCUUGUCGCCGAGUACAUGAACUAUUACAUCUUCGAGACUAUGCUCAAAGGCGCCAUCUACAGUAUCAAGCUGAAGCUCGAGUUUGCUAUCCUAGGCAAACUUGUUCACCUCGUUCAGAACCACGUUUGGAAGACAGAGGCACUCUCAAUACCCCGAGAAAUACCAGACUUUGUCGAUGCCACUCGUGUCACCUCCGAUAUCACCCAUGCUGUUCCGUCUCAUCCAUUCCGGCAUCGAUCGUGGAUGGACUCGGACGAUAUUUCUAUUGCCAUGUUCGAGCACUCUCCUCCAUCAAACCCGCCCACUGGAACCUCUGACCGCUCGCACACUUACUCGUGGAGUAGUGAAGCCCGCAUCCUUCAUCACUCUUCACUUGACUUGACCGAUCCCUUUCGCCAGUCCCAACGGCGUUCGUCGGUGAUAUCUGAAGAGCCAAAACCACAGAUACAGGGUUGA